UUAGUUUCCUAUGGGCCACCCUGUAUGUUGUGAUAUAUAUAAGUCAUAUAGAUAUAUGUAAAUUUUCAUUGAUGCCGACGGUGGCGGCAAGAGUGACGUAGAAGACACGAAGAUGCGAAUGGGCGAUGCUGGAUAUUGAUCCUUCCAAUUUACGCGCGACACACAUGUUUUUGACACAUGCACGCUCCGUUUCGCGGAGCGAUCUGGAGCGUUCACUUCUACGAUGAAAGACGCGUUCGUCAUCGUCGCGGUGCACCCCAGGUCGACGGAUAUACAUCGGCACUCGUACAAAAAGAAGCAUGUCAACGAGGAGGAGUGCAUAGGUUAACGAGAGGGCGAUCCAUUCCCGUUUGAAUGAAAAAGAGUUUGACAAUGGACAACGUGGCGACCGCCGAGUGUCUCACCCUGGAUUUCGGCCCGUUCGAGACGGUACACCGAUGGCAGCGUAUGCCAGAGUGCGACGAAUUCGUCGGUGCCAGACGCAGCAAACACACUAUUGUGGCAUAUAAAGAUGCUAUUUACGUUUUUGGUGGUGACAAUGGUAAAAGAAUGUUGAACGAUUUACUGCGCUUUGAUGUGAAAGAGAAAUCUUGGGGCAGAGCUUUUGCAACGGGAACUCCACCUGCCCCUCGCUACCAUCACUCUGCUGUCAUUCAUGGAUCAUCUAUGUUUGUGUUUGGUGGCUAUACUGGGGAUAUACACUCUAAUUCUAAUCUGAGUAAUAAGAAUGAUUUGUUCGAGUAUCGCUUCCAGACUGGUCAGUGGAUAGAAUGGAAAUUUAUUGGACUGACUCCGGUGCCUAGGUCUGCUCAUGGUGCUGCUGUAUAUGAUAAUAAAUUAUGGAUAUUUGCAGGCUAUGAUGGUAAUGCUAGAUUGAAUGAUAUGUGGACAAUAUCAUUGUUGCCCAAUGAUCUCAAAUCAUGGGAAGAAGUUAUUCAGGCCGGUGAGCGUCCACCGACAUGCUGCAACUUUCCUGUCGCAGUAGCUCGAGAAUCAAUGUUUGUCUUUAGUGGCCAGAGUGGGGCUCGGACAACCAAUAGUCUCUUCCAAUUUCAUUUUAAGGAAAGACGAUGGACGCGAAUAUCGACAGAGCACAUUUUACGUGGUGCACCGGCGCCACCCGCACGACGAUACGGUCACACGAUGGUCAGCUUCGAUCGCCACCUUUACGUCUUCGGUGGUGCGGCCGAUUCAGCUCUGUCCAACGACCUCCACUGCUACGACCUGGACACGCAAACAUGGAACGUCAUCUUGCCGUCCAACGAUAGCCAGGUACCACCUGGUCGACUCUUCCACGCUGCAGCUGUGAUCGGAGAGGCAAUGUUCAUUUUUGGAGGAACUGUGGACAACAAUAUACGUUCCGCGGAGAUGUACCGCUUCCAGUUCUCGUCGUAUCCCAAGUGCACGUUGCACGACGACUUCGGCAGAUUGCUCAAUAUUCGUCUCUUCUGUGACGUGGAGUUCAUCGUGGGCGAGAUGGAGACCAAAAUACCGGCGCACAUAGCUAUGGUAGCGGCGCGUUCGCAAUUUCUCCGGGCGCGGAUUCGACAGGCUCGUGAAAAAAGAGACAAGCAUUUGGAACAAGUGUUCGGUAACGCUGACGUAUCCAUCAAAGUUCCGCCUUUGGAGGUGAUAUUGAAAGAUGCCGUACCGGAAGCCUUUGAAAUGGUACUAAACUACAUUUAUACCGAUCACAUCGAUCCCACUAAGAGAUCGGACGACAAGGUCGAGGAUCCGCAGAGUAAUCGCAUUGUACUUCUUAUGAUGGACGUGUAUCGUCUCGCCGUGCAAUUUAAUAUGGAACGCUUGGAACAAUUGUGCGUUAAUUACCUCGAAGCUACCAUAAGUCACGCCAACGUCUUAGAGGCCUUGCGUAACGCCGUGCACUUGAAGCUAUAUUUUAUAAAGGAGUUUUGCCUCAGCUUCGUCGUCAAGGAGAAUAAUUACAAUUUAAUCGUGAUGAGCCAGGAAUUUGAGACUCUCGAUCAGCCACUAAUGGUGGAAAUCAUUAGAAGACGGCAGAUGCCGCAAGCUAGAACCUUCACGAAGUUCGAAUACGAAUGUGUCACUGGAACUAGUUUGGAACAAGAUCUGAAGGCGUUUUUGAAGAACGUCGGUCGGGAAUUUUGCGAUAUCACCUUGAUGCUGGCCGAUAUGCCGAUAACGGCGCACAAGGCCAUCCUUGCGGCGCGAUGCAGCUACUUUGAAGCAAUGUUUCGAUCCUUUAUGCCUGAAAAUAAUAUGGUGAAUAUACAAAUCGGGGAGAUGAUACCGUCAUUGGAAUCUUUUUACUCGUUGUUGAGGUACAUUUAUUAUGCAGAUGUUUCGAUGCCUCCUGAAGACUCCCUGUAUCUGUUUACUGCGCCAGUGUUUUACGGCUUUACGAACAACCGGCUUCAGGCGUUUUGCAAACAGAAUCUUGAGAUGAAUGUUACUUUCGAGAACGUUAUACAAAUCUUAGAGGCAGCCGACAGAAUACAAGCUACUGAUAUGAAGAAGUAUGCUCUGAAUCUGAUAGUUCAUCACUUUAGCAAGGUUGCAAGGCUUCCAAGAUUAAGGCAAUUGAGUCGCGAGCUUUUGCUGGAUAUUCUAGAAGCACUGGCUGAUGAACGCAGCGAGGCUAGAACGUGUCAAGAUAUGACGAGUGAUUGCUGACGGAUUUCUACUUCAGAUCGUCGUCCAUGUAAUUGGGAUUUACCAUCGCCGUGCAGUUUCCAGGAAUUGUGCCGGGUGAAUUUCAUUCUCAUAGGACGAACGAUUCUGUUCGUCGGCAACUGUUACCUCGAUCAUACAGCUAAAUCUUGCUCGACAUCGGACAUACAGACUCUGUUGCCGUUGUCAAUGUCUACAUCGUCCGCUUCGAUUCAUGAAUCGUCCACCACGUGCAAUGCCGGUCAUCCGGACACGUCGUCUCGUUGUAGCGACGACAGGAGGCAACAUCAGUGGUCUACCUCGUCCAUUACUCGUCGCUGUUCCGUCAGUUGCAACGUAUUGAGGCGCACCGUGGUUGCCCUUUCAGACUUCGGCCUUAGAAAAUUGUUUCCAUAAAAAAUGGCAAUGACUUUUCCCAUGUUAGAAAACUGCUCGAUAUAAAACUGCGUUGUGCGAGAGAUCUUGAUGUACGAUAUUAAUAUAGUGACUGUGUAGUGUCUCACUGUGAUGUAACGGAAUAUUAAAGACGUCAUACGACAA